AUGAAAAUAUUCUUAUUAAUAUUAUUUGUUAUUAGUUCUGGACAGACAUUCUUAUAAGACUUCCAUAAUUGGGUUUAAGAUAAUUUAGACUUGUUAGAUGGUUUUAUAUAAGAUUCAAAUAACCCAAUCGAUGCUUUUUAGCUAUAAUAAGUUCAAUUAAAUGGAAAAUAAUUUAUUUCUUUAACAAACGGAUGGUUAAGUUAAGAAACUUUUGAUAAUAGUUAUACUAAGCAAUACUUUACUAUAAUUACAUCUAAAUUAGCUAUUUUAGCAGUUGAUGUUAGAGAAAAUAUAAAAUUUUUGAUUAAUAAAGAAUAAACUAAUCCUUAAAUUGUAAUGUUUGAAUAAGAGAAUUAUAGAGGAAUGAAUAUUAAAACUGAUAGUUAAAAUAGAUUAGUAAUUUAUCCAAGAGUAAAUGAAGUUGUAUCAUAAAAAUAACAAGAAAACAAUCAAAUAAUUGAAUUCUCAAAUAUACAAUAAGAAUAAUUUCUCAUAUAUAUUAUAUAUGGAACAGAAACAGAACUUAGAGAUGCUUAGAAUUUAUUCAAUUUUAUCACUGAAUUUAUUGAAUUAAUAGAAUCCUAAUAACCACCAAAAAAUAAAUAAUGCAAACCUAAAAGUGCUAACAAAAAAAAAUCUACAAAAUCUGGUUCAAAAUAAUCUAAAAAAUAACCUUAAGCAAAUGGUAAAGCUACUUAAUCAAGAGGUAGUUUAAAGGAUAAAGAUAAUAAUGAAAAAUAAAAAUAAUCAUCAUUAAAAGACCAUUAAUAAUAAUCGGGAGAUGAUUUUAAUAAAAAAAUAGAAGAUUUAGAUAAUUCUGAAUUAAAAUAGAAUGGAUCUUUAUCAAAUAAUAAUGAUUUAUUAACAGAUUAAGAAAAUGAUAAAGGAAAGGGUGAUAAUGGAUUAGGAGAUAAAGAAUAAAAUGGUACUAUGAAUGAUAAUGAUGAUGAUGGUAAUAGAAAUGGUCAAGAUGGAGAUGAUAAUGAAAAUGGAAAUGGAAAAAAAGAUGGUUAAGGUGAUAGUUCUAAUAAUGGAGACGGAGAUGGAGAUGGAAAUGGGGAUGGUAAUGGAAAUGGAAAUGGGGAUGGAAAUGGAAAUGGAAAUGGAAAUGGAGAUGGAAAUGGAAAUGGAGAUGGAGGAAACAAAGAUGGAAAUAAAGAUGGAACUGAUUCUAAUAAAGGAGAUAAUUCUGAAAAUGGAAAAGAUAAUUAAUUAGGAUAAGGAUAAGAUGGGAAUAAUGAAGAUAAUGAUGGAAAAGAUAAUAAUCAAGGUAAUAAGGAUUAAGGAUCAGAAAAUAAUAAUGGUAAUGGAGAUUAAAAUAAAGAUAUUAAUAAUAAAAAUCAGAAUUUAGGAGAUGAUAAUGAUGAAAAAACUUAAAAGUGUGUUAAUUUAUAUUCAGAAUGUUAUUUCAGUGGUGAUAACGUAGAAUUAUGUGGUAGUCAUGCUGAGAUAACAGAUAAACUUUAGAAUUUUAAAAUUAAAUCAAUAGAAAUGGAUGAUGGGAUAGAAGUUUCCUUUUUUGGUGAAAGUCAUUUUGAAAAUCAGGUCAUUACAAUAACUGAUGAUGUGGAAUGUUUAGAUAUACCAAUAAUUUUAAGUCCAACAGACAUUGAAGAAUUGAUACAGAUUUUAAAAUGA